AUGCCAGCUACAAAUCAGUGCUCCAUAUGUCUGGGGGAAAUGAAAGCCUCAAUCGGAAUGCUAGGUGGAUGUGAACACAUCUUCUGUUACGAUUGCAUCAAGAAGUGGUCUGAAGCUAAACGAACGUGUCCCAUUGACCGCACACCAUUUGACUCUAUCAAUAUACUACACGAAAUUGGUGGUGCAAUUGUGGAAGAAGAAAAGCUAGAACUACGGAGGUCGAAUCAAGGCAAUAGUUCUUAUAGAGAUGGUGACGACGUUAACGACUACGAUAUUAAUGACCUGAUCUCCCUCUUCUUCGAAAUUUUGUUUGACUAUUCUUCCGAUGAAGAAGACACCGACUACGACAAUGACCACUACGAUGACCAUAACGAUGACGACGAUAGCCACGAUGACUUUAGUUUACUUGACUUUUCGUCCGAUGACGAAGACACCGACGACGACGACGACAGCAACGACAAUCAUGAGGACGACGACGAUGACAACGGCGACCAUUACUCCCUUUCAUUUGCAGCCUCAUCUAAUAGUCUGCUUCAUCGCGGCUCGCCUUCAAGAAUUUCGCAUUGCAUCUACUUAUGUUCACAGUGCCUGGGUUGUGUCCGAGAAGAAGAUAUGUAUUGCUGUCUACUUUGUGGUGGACUAAUUCAUAUUGAAUGCUAUUUGCAAAUUUGUCGUCGUCUUGCAGAUUAUGUUUGUUUAAGUGUAAUGAAACCUGGCACCACAUUUGACAUUAUACCCAGGGUCAUGCCAGCUACAAAUCAGUGCUCCAUAUGUCUGGGGGAAAUGAAAGCCUCAAUCGGAAUGCUAGGUGGAUGUGAACACAUCUUCUGUUACGAUUGCAUCAAGAAGUGGUCUGAAGAUAAACGAACGUGUCCUCUUGACCGCACACCAUUUGACUCAAUCAAUAUACUACACGAAAUUGGUGGUGCAAUUGUGGAAGAGGAAAAGCUAGAACCUCUGGAGUCAGAUCAACUCUAUAGUUCACUUAACAGUGCUCGCAAUUUCCUUUGUCCACAAUGUCGAAAUAGAUUAAGACGGAUGAAUUGA